AUGGCGGACUCCCUGCUGCUGGCCAAGCGGGCUCCCUGUCGCUUCGUGCGGUCGCGGGCCCGUAAGGCCUGGCACCAGCUCAUCCUCAGCCGCCGGCUCCGAUGUCGCCCUGGGCCCCUGCGCUGGUGCGGCCGGCGGCGGCUUCGACGGCGGCUGCUGCAGGCCCAGGCAGCAGGAGUGGACUGGAAGGAGGGUGGCUGCCUGGUGUCUGCCGCGGCGGUGGAGGCAGCGAUUCGGCGUCUGAAGGUUGCGGCCUCCCGUCCCGUCCCAGCCGCGACCCCAGUCCCCGCCCCGGCGGUCCCCGCGUUUCCUCACGUACCGCCGCCGCUGCCGGCAGGCCCUGGCCGCGCGGUGUUACUGCUGCCGCUAGAGCAGUCUUUUGUUUUUGGCGGGAUCUGUCGAGUGACUUGCCUCUACGGCCGAGUACAAGUGUUUGGUUUUACCAUCAGCCAAGGCCAGCCUGCUUACGAGGUCUACUCUGCUUAUACCAACUCUCUCCUGAGUAUCAGGGCAGUUCAUUACCCGAUGCCUGAGAAAAGCAAAAAGGAGAUGAAGAGGGAAGCCCGAACUUUGCUCAGAGUUCAUCUUUUCCGGGGUGACAGAUGUCGGUUGAUGAAGUAUUUUUCUCCUCUGUGUUCCAUUGUGGUGCUAGAACAUCUGAAAACAUCAACAACAGAGUUCAUAAUCAGCCAUCCAGGUUUAUCUUAUGUCUUCUUACAAGAGACUCCAACUUCCCGCUCAACCUCUGACUAUUUAACCUUGAAGUCUGUUGGCAUCAGGAGAAGCAAGAGAAAAAAUAGCCUUCAGUUAAGUGAGAGUGUCAUUUCGGCGGUGGAUGAGUUGGUCAGCAUUUCUUGUGAGGAAGUAGAUGGCUGCCCUGUCAUUCUGGUUUGUGGAGGCCAGGACAUUGGAAAGUCAACAUUUAACAGAUACCUCAUUAACCAGUUGUUAAAUAGUAUUCCCUGUAUUGACUAUUUGGAAUGUGAUCUGGGACAGACAGAGUUUACUCCUCCUGGUUGUAUUUCUCUAUUUAAUAUUACAGAACCAAUUCUGGGUCCACCUUUCACCCACCAGAGGACACCUCAGAAAAUGGUAUACUAUGGGAAAACGUCUUGUAAAGACAACUAUGAACAUUAUAUUGAGAUAAUAAAGUAUGUGUUCAGCUCUUACAAGAGAGAGUCUCCUCUCAUCAUCAACACGAUGGGAUGGGUGACAGACAAGGGACUCUUACUUCUCAUCGAUCUCAUCCGACUACUGUCGCCCAGCCACGUCGUUCAGUUCAGUUCUGGUCGAAGUAAAUACAUGCCAAACCUCACCCCUGAUUACGUGGACGACACUGAUGGCUUGUACACAAAAAGCAGGCCCAAGAUAAGAAAUAGAGGUUUCUACCUUCCAGAGGCAGAAAAUUUGGAAUAUGCUGACGAAGAAAGAGAGAGUCCAGUUGUGUUUGCUGCACAUAAACUAAUGUGCGUUCGAUCAGAGUUUACGUUUAGAAAAACUCCAAGAAAUAGAGAAUUACAUAACAGAGUUCUUCGUGAAUUGGCGGUCUUAGGUUAUCUUGGCAAGCUGCAGCCCCUAGAUCCAAAGUCAGUUUCUCCUUUACAUGGUCUGACACCCUACCAGGUUCCCUUCAAUGCAGUCGCACUACGGAUCAUGCAUGCGGAUGUCGCCCCUACGCACAUCAUGUAUGCUGUGAAUGCCAGCUGGGUCGGCCUCUGCAAGAUCCAGGAUAAUGUCAGAGGCUACGUGAAUGGGCCCAUCCUACUCGCCCAGACUCCCCUUUGUGACUGCGUGGGGUUUGGGAUCUGCAGAGGGAUUGAUAUGGAGAAGAGGCUUUACCACAUCCUCACCCCUGUGCCCCCAGAAGUGCUGAGAGACGUGAACUGUCUACUGAUCGGAGCUGUUUCCAUCCCACAGUGUAUCUUCAAGAGCCAGCAUGGGCUUGAAGGAACAAUACCUUACGUCACAACAGAUUAUAAUUUUAGCCUUCCCGGAGCACGAGAGAAAGUUGGAGCAAGAGACUCUGAGCAAAACUAUGAAGAGAAAAGAUACCCAAGACCUAAACUGUAUCGAAAAAUAUACCGAUACUGA